AGAAAUCAGUCGUCAGCCAGUAGCCAAGGUGUACGUUACACAUCGAGAGUGCAGUGCGCGUUGCGUGUGAUCAACAGAGUAAUACCAACAACAACAAAAACAAAAAUAACAAGAACAUUGAUACGAAAUCUACGUAAAGUGAAUUCAAUUAACAGACAGAGACACUGAUCCACUACAGAUCAAAUAUUGCUAAAAUUGUGUGUUGUGCGAAAAAGACAAAAACAUCAACUAAAAGGCGGAAAAUACUGCCGCGUGCAAUUAAAAAAUCAUCAGCUAUAAAAACAGUAAACGGCGAAAACCCAACAGAACCCAAGAUGAAUCAGACGUGCAAAGUGUGCGGUGAGCCAGCGGCGGGUUUUCACUUUGGCGCCUUCACAUGCGAGGGCUGCAAGUCUUUCUUUGGCCGCUCUUACAACAACAUUAGCACCAUUAGCGAGUGCAAGAACGAGGGAAAGUGCAUUAUCGAUAAGAAGAAUCGCACCACCUGCAAGGCGUGUCGUCUGCGCAAGUGUUAUAAUGUGGGCAUGUCCAAGGGCGGUUCCCGUUAUGGCCGUCGCUCCAAUUGGUUCAAGAUCCAUUGCCUGUUGCAGGAGCACGAACAGGCGGCAGCAGCGGCUGCGGGAAAGGCGCCUGGUCAUGCCACCGGUUCGCCAAUGAGCUCACCUGGAUUCGGUGAUCUUGCCGCACAUUUGCAGCAACAACAGCAGCAACACCAGCAACAUCAGCAGCAGCAGCAGCAACAACAACAGCAACGUCAUCCACAUUUGCCACCAUUGCUGGGAUACCCGGGUUACCACCUGGCAGAACCCUUUGGGGCACGUCAUCCAGCGGAUGCCGCAGCUGCCGCCGCCGCUCUGCCCUUCUUCAGCAUGAUGGCGACACCACAGUCCGCCUUCCAGCUGCCACCACACUUGCUCUUUCCGGGUUAUCAUGCCAGCGCUGCUGCGGCGGCUGCAGCGGAUGCUGCCUAUAGACAGGAGAUGUACAAGCAUCGCCAGAGUGUGGACUCAGCGGCAUCGGCGGAAUCACUCAACCGCUAUACACCACCCAAUGUGGUGCAGCAACAACAGCAGCAGCCACAGCCAGCGGCCUCUCCCAUCGAUGUUUGCCUGGGAGCUGAGGAUGAGGUGCAGUCACAGCAUAGUCACAGUCACAGUCACAGUCAGAGUCCACAUAUGAUUCACACACCAGUUGCCAUACGUGCCACACCGCCACAGCAGCUGCCAUCGAACUCUGUCUCGCCCACCACCACGCCUACGCCCACAAGAACGGCCACGCCCACUACAACACCAACUCCCAGCAGCCCCUUGAGCUUUGCUGCCAAAAUGCAAUCCCUUUCACCCGUCUCCGUCUGCUCGAUUGGCGGCGAAACGGGAGUAGCAACCACAGGAGUUGUUGGUGGUGCUGCCCAGGAUGGACCCAUGGAUCUGAGCAUGAAGACCUCCAGGAGUUCGGUGCACAGUUUCAAUGACAGCGAUGUGGAUGAGCAUGAGAUGACAGCAAUGGCGCCACGUCGCAAGUUCUAUCAACUGGAGACUGAAUGCACCACCAACAUCGACACCACCACCAACAGCACCGCCAGCAGCACCGCCAGCAACAGCAGCAUUAGCUCCACAUCCUCAGCGGUUGUCAAGCGGCAGAAACUCAAUGCCGAAUCGCCGUCGCCGUCGCCGUCGUCGUCACCACCAUUUGGUGGUUUUGCGGUGGCUCACAACGCAGCCAGCGCCAUGCGAGGCAUCUUUGUCUGUGUCUAAGUUUGGCCCGUGGUUCGUGGACUCUGUCGAGUGGCCGAGUGGGUGGAGCUUAAUGGCAAUCACCUCUCACUUGUUGUUGUUGUUUUUACACAAUUUUAUUUUUCUCAGUUGUGUGUUGUCGUCGUCGUCGUCGUCGUUGUGUUGUUUUUGUUUUUACGGCUCGAAUUCGAUUUGCGCCGUUGAAAUUGAAAUUGCUUAUGGACAGGUUUGAGUUAGAAAGAGACAGCUAGUUGCAGCACACACACACAACACACACGCGCACACUUUUGAGAGCUCAAAUCCAAAAAUUAUUUUUACCUAAAAAAAAAAAAAACAAAAAAGUUAGUCUCAACAAUUGUAAAUAUGUUUCUUAAAUAUGCGAAUUGUAUUCUAUAAAAGCCUAUGAAAUUUGUCAAACCUACCCAACAAAACAAAAAAUCAUAACAAAAAAACAAAAAACAAAUCCAACCCACCAAAAAUACCCUCCAUUGUAUUGUACAGAAUUUUGUUUUAGUCUUAGUUUCAUUUUAAAGACAUUAACUUUAAGUAUUCUAUUUUAGUUUGUAGUAAUUGUGUCCUAAACAUUUGGGUUUUCCAUUAUUAUGCAAGCAAAAUAAACAAUUAAAAAAU